UGCGCGGAAUAACCAGAGCGAUCGCGGCGCGUCGUGGAAGAUAUCGCGCUUCUGCAGCGGCGUUUGGACCCCGGGCCGAGAACAAAGGCGGAAUCAUGGCAGACGACGAGACGCUGCGCUCGCUGAUGUUCACGCUCAGUUACGUGCUGAUGAAGCGACGGCGUGACGUCACCAGCGCAGACGCGCAGCGCAGACGCGAGGUUCAGCGUCGCGUCGCGCACAGACAGUAUUUCCAGCAGAGACACAAGAGGAUGAUCAUGAUGAUGAUCGCUCAGGCGUCUCGUCCAAUCGGUGGCCCGCCGGCACGCCCCACGCGGGUCUGGAGCAGCAUCGAGAGCACCGAUUGGUGGGAGCGCGUGGUCAUGAGGGAGUUCCAGCCCUCCGAUUGGCUGGAGAAGUUCCGCAUGACCAAAGAGACUUUCUUCCUGCUGUGUGGGAAGCUGAAGCCGCGUCUGAGCCGUCAGGACACUCGUCUGCGUCCGGCGCUGCCGCUGGAGAAGCGUGUGGCCGUGGCUCUGUGGCGGCUGGCCUCUAAUGUAGAGUACCGCACCAUCAGCGCUCUGUUCGGCGUGGGCCGCUCCACCGUCUGUAAGUGUGUUCGAGACGUGUGUCACGCCAUCGUGCUGCUGCUGCGGCCGCUGUACCUGCGCUCCCCGAGCGAGCAGGAGCUGGAGGACGCGGCGCGACUCUUCGCCUCGCGCUGGGGCUUCCCUCACUGCGUGGGAGCGGUGGCCAGCCUGCACGUGCCCAUCAUCGCCCCGUCCAGCAACACUCACAGCUACUGGAACAGCCGCGGCUGGCUGUCGGUGGUCACGCAGGGUGCGGUGAACGGGCUCGGGCAGUUCUGGGACGUGUGCGCUGGGUUCCCGGGCAGCACCGAGCACGCCGAGCUGCUGCAGAACUCCACGCUCUGGGCCCGCGGCUGCGAGGGCUUUCUGCUGCAGGGCGAGCCGGAGCGCCGCUUCAUGGGCCGGCCGCUGGGCUUCCUGAUGCUGGGCGACGCCGGAUACCCGCUGAAGAGCUGGCUGCUGAAGAGCUUCCCGGAGUCCGGCGCGCUGUCGGAGGCUCAGCGAGCGUUUAACCGGCGGCUGGAGCGCGCGCGCGGCGUGGUGGACGAGGCGUUCCUGCGGCUCCGAGCGCGCUGGCAGUGUCUGCUGAAGAGGAACGACUGCCGCAUGGACGUGGUGCCCACCAUGAUCCUGGCCUGCUGCGUGCUGCACAACGUCUGCGAGGUGCACGGGGACGAGUUCGACGAGCGCUGGGAGGAGGCGGUGAGGCACGAGGAGAGUCCGCAGCCCGCAGACGAGGUGUCGCCCGCCGCUGACGACCGCCACGGAGAGGAAGUGCGAGCGCUGUUCUGCGAGUACUUCCUGCAGCAGGAGAACCAGCAGAGGACGCUGGGAUGCUGAGACCGGACCAGACGGUCAGUCGAGGGGAACGCUGCACAAAACGAUCUGCUCACUUAGUAUUGUGUCUUGUUUUCUGGCAUAAAUAUCUAAACAUUCUUAAAUCAACAUUAGGGUUGGGUAUCGUUUGAAAUCCCACGUCGAUACCCAGUUUCAAUUCCAAUGUGGUAAAAAAAACAUUUAGAUAUCAAACAUAUUUAUUCUGUGUCUCUUUUUGCAAAACAUUUAGUUGCAGCUGAAUACCGUGAAUACAAAUCAGCCGGCUGCAUAUAAACUGGACUCGAUUAAGAGCUGUUCAUAUGCAAAAUAGAGCUUGUUUUUUUGAGAAAACGAGGCUUAAAAUCUUAAGUCAUUUUUCCUGUCAAGUAAAUGCAUCUUGAUUCAAGAAUUUUUAGAUAUACUAGAAAACAAGACAAAAAUACUAAGUUAGAAAAUCAUCUUUUGCAGUGAAGGAAUGUUUGUUGCUGUGUGUUUUUGAGAACUGGAUCUCAGAUCAGAAACAGCAGCUCAUCCGCUGGCUUCAGUCAUUAUUAGAUGCAGAGCAUCACAGCGAGAGAAAGACUCGGAGAGAAGUGUGCUGAUGAAGACGGUCAGUAGUGUGGGUUAGUUACUGCAGUCCAGCUCUCAAACACACGUCAUCCGCUCAUCAGCACAGACUCCAAGACCUGGAUCAAGUGCGUCCCACACAGAGACAGAAACCUGCAACUCGGUCAGGAACCGCUGAGUUAGUUAGUGAUCUUACUAGUUACCGAGCAGACUUCAUCCAUCAGCAGCUGAUUCAAACAUCAUGAAGAGAAGAGAUGCUGAAGAUACGGAUGUGAUCCGCUAGUGUGAAAGACUGUGAACCUCAUUCUACUGUUUUAACUGCUUUAUAUGCUGUAUGCAUGUGUUUUAAUAAUCAUUCACUAACCUUCUUUAAAUCAUUAAAUGUGAACAGUAAUGUCUCUCUUUACGGUCAUUGUUAUGUCCUGUCGUUUGUUUUUUCCUAGUUCUCUGUAUUACUAGUUCUACUUUGUGAUUCAUUCCAGUCGCCUGUGAGCAGCUAGUUAAUUGCUGACACCUGAAGAGAGGGUUAGGGUUAGCCCUGAUCCUGAUCCUGCAGUCGCAAUCACAGUCCCUUCUUUUUCCCCUUUUUGUUUCUUAAUAAACUUCAUUUUUAUUGGUAACCCUGUUUUGUGUGCUUGAUGUUGCUUCCCCAGAGCCAGGGUUAUAACAGUCAUGUUCUGUGUGAUAUUUGUACAGUAACAUGUUUCCUGAUUUUGUCAAUACAAUAAAACUCAAUGGGGUCAAUCAUUCUUCAGAAUAUCUUCAUUCGUCUUCCUCACGUCACACGGGUUCGAGUAAACGAUGACAGAAUGAUCAUUUCUGGAUGAAUGAUAACGCUGCUCAUCAUAACAUGCCAUCUGUCUCUGUGAGGCUUCAGAUUAGGAAUAAGCGGUGAAAUCUGGCACAGGAUUAUACUCAGGAUUAUAUCCCCUGUUGUUUUGAAGUAAUAUAAGGGAAGAUGGGUGUAUUAGGGUCAAGGGUGGUCUUUAGUUCAGGACCUGUAGAUGAGAGUGUGUGGUAAUAUAAUGAUGAUGUGUUGAUGACCGCUGA